GUGUGGUUUGUGCUGUCCCCGAGAAAACGUCACUGCGGAAGAGAGAGCCGGGGAGCAGAAGCUGGGAUUGUGUCCUCCCUCCCUCGGAGCGGCGGCCAGGCAAGGGGCAGCAGACAUGUGGCCAGAGAUCCUUCCGGACGCGUGGGAGAACAUCAUGUCCCGGAUCAGGCCUUUUGACUAUUCUCAGAAGAAUGCAAUCCUGAUCCCUGCAGCUGCCCUGGGCGUUGGAGGGAUGCUGCUUUACUGGCUCAGGUCUGGACGCAAGAUCAAGACUAUUGACAUGGGCGAUGGGUGGUGGGGCGCAGGCGAAAGGCCCCCCAAAGGGAAGGAAGACACAAGCAUCCGUCCCUUCAAGAUUGAAACAUCUGACAAAGAAAUCGAGGAUCUGCACCAGCGCCUGGAUCGGUUCCGCUUCACCCCCCACGUGGAAGGAGCCGCCUUCCACUACGGCUUCAACUCCAGCUACCUGCGGAAGGUGGUGGCCUACUGGAGGAAUCAGUUUGACUGGCGCAAGCAAGUGGAAGUGCUGAACAAAUAUCCCCACUUCCACACCACCAUUGAAGGGAUUGAUAUCCAUUUUAUCCAUGUGAAGCCAUCCUAUGUUCCUCAUGGCCAAGCUGUUCGACCUCUGCUGAUGGUCCAUGGCUGGCCCGGCUCCUUCUAUGAGUUCUACAAGAUCAUCCCUCUGCUCACGGAGCCAGCCAAGCAUGGCCUGAACGAGGGUGAUGUGGUGUUUGAGGUCAUCUGCCCCUCCAUCCCAGGAUACGGUUUCUCAGAGGCUUCUCACCAGAAAGAGUUUGAUUCCAUAGCAACUGCUCGGAUAUUUCAUAAGCUGAUGAAGAGAUUGGGCUUCAAGGAAUACUACCUACAGGGAGGGGACUGGGGAUCUCGCAUCACCACAAACAUGGCCCAGAUGCUGCCACAAUCUGUGAAAGGGCUUCAUCUGAAUCUCGUUUUCGUCAGCACACAAGGUUUGGGAAAGAUGAUCCGUACAAUGCUUGGGGCUUAUGUGCCAUGGCUUGUAGGCUUCACUAGGGAAGAUGCUCGACGUUUCUACCCUUUCAUGCAGAAAAACGUAUAUGACGUCCUACGAGAGUCUGGAUACUUACACAUCCAAGCCACCAAACCAGACACUGCAGGCUGUGGACUGAAUGACUCCCCAGUGGGACUUGCUGCAUAUAUUAUGGAGAAAUUCUCAACCUGGACAGACAAAUCAUUUCUCCAUAAAGAUGAUGGAGGCUUGGAAAGCAAAUACUCUCUUGAUGAGCUUUUGACCAAUGUGAUGAUUUAUUGGGUGACAUCUUCCAUUGUGUCCUCAAUGCGAUACUACAAGGAAAACUUUUCCAAGGACCCUACUCUAAGUGUUCAUGACAGGGUUGGCGUAUAUGUUCCCACAGGGAUUGCAGCUUUUCCUCAGGAGAUUGUACAUGUACCACGUAUCUGGGCAAAGAAUGUCUACAAGAACAUCAUCACCUACACUUACAUGCCACGUGGAGGGCAUUUUGCUGCCUUUGAGGAACCAAAGCUCCUGGCACAAGACAUCAUGCAGUUUGUCAGAAAAGUGGAACAGCUGUGAGCCUGCAGUUGAAAUAUAUGCAUAGAAUGGAAACAAGUGGUUUUACCAGUGGCAGAACCUUUAGACUGAAUUUGUUUAAUCACUCAAAAUAAUCACAUAUAGAAGCCAGCAUUUUAUUUUGAUAAUAAUACAGUCAUGAUUUUUAAAAUCAAGUUGUAAUGUUUUCAUAAGGAAAAAAAAAAAACAAAACAAAA